AUGCCUUCUCCAAUUUUCCAUUUUAAUAAAUUUAAUUUAUGGAGUUAUUUGAAUGCCGGAAAUGGAAAUUUAUUUUAUUAUAUUUUUGCUGAAUCACAAGGAAAUCCAAAAACUGAUCCAUUAGUUUUGUGGUUAAAUGGAGGUCCUGGCUGUUCAUCUCUUGGUGGUUUAUUUAAUGAAUUAGGCCCAUAUUUACUCAACAAAGAUGGCAAAAAACUGCGUCAAAAUCCUCAUUCAUGGAAUAAAUAUGCCUCAGUUAUAUUUUUAGAAUCCCCUGCGUGCGUUGGAUUUUCUUAUAAUUCAAAAGUUAAAAAUGUAACUACAGGUGACGAGGAGGUUGCUGCAGCAAACUAUGCAGCUUUAAAAGAUUUUUUCACUAAAUAUCCUUCAUUGAAAUCAAAUCCAUUUUAUCUUACUGGUGAGUCUUAUGCUGGUGUAUAUAUUCCUAUGCUUGGUGUUAAAAUUUUGGAAGGUAUCAAGGAUUCAAAAAUAAAUUUAAAAGUAUAA